ACUCCCCUGUUAUCCGAGCUCUUCGUUAUCUGCCUCUGUGGGUCCAAAAUGUGCGCCGGCGUGUUGUAAGCGGCGGUUUGGGGUUAGAAAAGUUAUAAAACAUUCCCACCGUAGCUGGUCAGCUUCCAGAGCUCACCUGUGACAAGAUGAAGUUCGUUGGCUGGAUCGUGCUUACCGCGGUGGUGCUGGUGAUCUGCGUCGGGGUGCGAUGGGGCGAUGCACUACCCGCCCGCGAUGGCUAUCCGCGCGAACCGUGCUGCAAGGACUGUCCCGCCUGUCGGCAUCAUUUCGACGUGGAGGCGCCGAAGGAUCCGGGCUGCCGGAAGCUGCACAACUUCCACUACGAUGUGGAAAAGUUUACCGACUGCCAUAAGGAAACGUACGAUCGGUUGGAUGCGGCUGUGGAGGAUUUGCCCGAGCGGGGCUGCCGGAAAUCGUACCAUUAUCACUACGACGUCCAGAAGCCGUGCUGUUGCGAGGAGGAAAACUACGACACUUACGAUUUCGAGGUGCUGGAGCCGAAAAGGAAGCCAAAGUGCUCCAAAGUGAAGCUGGAAGCGUACGCGGAUCAUCCUGUGCGGGAGUGUCAGUGCGAUUGCCGGAAUAGACGCUGACCUGGACGAUCUUGAUCUGACGAUCAUUUCUUCGACUGCGCCACGACAUUCCUGGCUAUCGGUGGACGUUGUAAAAGGACUGUGACUUGUUUCCAGACGUGACGCGUACCAACAUAGACUUGAAGCAUUUCCUAUUGAGAAUUGCUCAGACGAUCGAACGAGGAGAACAAACUUAUUAAGUGUAAAAAAAUAUAAAUAAAAAAAGACCAAAACUGAA